ACCGUGCUGCCCAGCAGAGCCCCCCAAGUCUUCCCAAGGAGAUAAUGAGCAGUUGAUGUUCCUAAGUGCGACGAGAACACAAGGAGAGAUUGUGAUCACACACAAGUGAGUGUCGAAUAUCAGCAGUGACCAGGUUGUCCUCCGACAGCAUGGCGGGAGAGACACUUCAGCAGCCCACCAGCCCGCACCCACCACACACUGUGCCCUGCUGAGCCCCUCGGCACAGAGCCGCCGGGACAGCGCCAUCUCCAGAGCUUGUCCAGCUCGGCUGCCCACAGCGAUGGUGGAGAGCUGGCCACCACAGGCUCACGACCUUCCCGACAGGCUUCAGGGCCCGGCUUCCUUUCUCUUGGGACUGGUGGCCCUCAACAAUGGCUGAGGGCCAGGGGACCCCCUGAAGCUCCUCGAUACUCUCCGGGGGCCAGCAGCACUCUGGUGCCAGGACGAUGACCACUUAUCGGCCCCUUCCUAGCGAUGGUGUGGACCUGGCCGCCAACUGUGGGGCCCGGUCCGAUGGCCUCUCAGGGGACUACACUUCAUUGGGGUUCUGGGUGCAGAAUGGGGGCCUGGCCCAGUCACUGGGUGAGAGCCCGGUCCCAGCCCCCACACGGCCCAGUCCCACCACCCCUGCAGUGCCCAAAAUGGGUGUUCGUGCCAGAGUGGCUGACUGGCCACCCAAGAGGGAAGCCUUGAGAGAGCAGAGCAACCCCAGCCCCUCUCUGGACACAGAGGGUGCAAAGGCCACCACGGCAGCCCCUUCCCUGCGGAACAUACAAAAUGGACAGCCCCCUGCUAGCCGCAUGGCAGCCUCGGGGGGCAGAGCCUUCCACCGGCUCUCCAGGAGAAGGUCCAAGGACGUGGAGUUCCAGGAUGGAUGGCCACGGUCCCCUGGCAGGGCCUUCCUCCCCCUGCGCCACCGCAGCAGCAGUGAGAUUACCCUCAGCGAGUGCGACGUGGAGGAUGUGGGGGAUCCCCGGGGUGCCCGAUACCCAGGGGCACUGCCCCUCUUCCGGGAAUACGGCAGUACCUCCUCCAUCGACGUCCAGGCCGUGCCCGAACACAGCUUCUUCGACAUCCUCAACGAGUUCCGCAGUGAGCAGCCUGCACCCCGGGGUUCCCAGGCUCUCAGCCACCUGCUUCGGGCUGAUCCUGGGGCCCCCCUCGCAGGGACACCCCGUCCAGGGCAAGCACCCCAGGACCACCUCCUCUCACUGCAGCCCCUGAAGGAGAAGGAGAAGGCCCGCCGGAAGGCAGUGCGGGGCCCUGGUGGCGGGGACUCUGUCGACUCCUCCAUCUUCCGCAAGCUGAGGAGCAACAAGGGCGAAGGUGAGGCAGAGGAGGGCCGCAGUGCCCCGGAGGCUGGCCGGCCCUGGGUGUGCCAGAAGAGCUUCGCCCACUUUGACGUGCAGAGCAUGCUUUUUGACCUGCACGCUGCUGCUGCCAACCGGGGCUGCCCUGCACCACGCCGCAACACCACCACGGGGGCCUCGGCCGCCUCGGCCACUGCCUCACUCACGGCCACUGCACGGGCCCAUGGCCUAGGGGGGCUGGACCCUGCCUUCCCCAGCACCGAGGACCUCAACUGCAAGGAGAGCUUGGAGCAGGACCUGGGCGACGACAACAGUAAUGAACUGCUGCUCAGCUGCCCGCACUUCCGUAACGAGAUUGGGGGUGAGCGUGAGCGUAACGUCAGCUUCUCCCGGGCCUCAGCCGGCUCUCCUGGGGGGGCCGGGCCCGAGAGUCGCCCACCUGAACCUGCCCUCAGCACCUACCGCACCAACGCCAGCAUCUCGGUGCUCGAGGUGCCCAAGGAGCAGCAGCGGACACAGAGCCGCCCGCGGCAGUACAGCAUCGAGCACGUGGACCUGGGUGCCCGUUACUAUCAGGACUACUUCGUGGGCAGAGAGCAUGCCAACUACUUUGGUGUGGACGAGAAGCUGGGGCCAGUGGCCGUGAGCAUCAAGCGGGAGAAGUUGGAGGACCACAAGGACCAUGGGCCUCAGCACCAGUAUAGGAUCAUCUUCCGGACCCGUGAACUCAUCACCCUGCGGGGUUCCAUCCUGGAGGAUGCCACACCCACAGCCACCAAGCAUGGGACAGGACGUGGGCUCCCCCUGAAGGACGCCCUGGAGUAUGUCAUCCCCGAGCUCAACAUCCAUUGCCUGCGACUGGCUCUCAACACCCCCAAGGUGACGGAGCAGCUGCUGAAGCUCGACGAGCAAGGGCUCUGCCGGAAGCACAAGGUGGGCAUCCUGUACUGCAAGGCAGGCCAGAGCUCCGAGGAGGAGAUGUACAACAAUGAGGAAGCCGGGCCCGCAUUUGAGGAAUUCCUUUCACUCAUCGGGGACAAGGUCUGCCUGAAGGGCUUCACCAAGUAUGCUGCCCAGCUGGAUGUUAAGACCGACUCCACAGGAACACACUCCCUCUACACGACGUACCAGGACUACGAGAUCAUGUUCCACGUGUCCACCCUGCUUCCCUACACCCCCAACAAUAGGCAGCAGCUCCUGAGGAAGAGACACAUAGGAAAUGACAUCGUGACCAUCAUCUUCCAGGAGCCAGGGGCUCUGCCUUUCACCCCCAAGAACAUCCGCUCCCACUUCCAGCACGUCUUCAUCAUCGUGCGAGCACACAACCCCUGCACAGAGAAUGUCUGCUACAGCAUGGCUGUGACUCGAUCCAAAGAUGCACCUCCUUUCGGACCCCCUAUUCCUAGUGGGACCACAUUCCGCAAAUCUGACGUCUUCAGAGACUUCUUGCUAGCUAAGGUGAUCAACGCGGAGAACGCAGCGCACAAGUCGGACAAGUUCCACACCAUGGCCACCAGGACCCGCCAGGAGUACCUCAAGGACCUGGCCGAGAACUGUGUCUCCAACACACCCAUUGACUCCACCGGCAAGUUCAACCUCAUCUCUCUGACCUCCAAGAAGAAGGAGAAGACCAAAGCACGGGCAGGCGCCGAGCAGCACAGUGCGGGGGCCGUGGCCUGGAGGGUGGCAGCACAGGACUACGCCCAGGGACAGGAGAUUGAUUGCAUCCUGGGCAUUUCCAAUGAGUUUGUGGUGCUCCUGGACCUCCGCACCAAGGAGGUGGUGUUCAACUGCUACUGUGGGGACGUCAUUGGCUGGACUCCCGACUCCUCGACACUGAAAAUCUUCUAUGGGCGAGGGGACCACAUCUUGCUGCAGGCCACUGAGGGCUCUGUAGAUGACAUCAGGGAGAUUGUCCAGAGACUAAAGGUGAUGACCAACGGCUGGGAGACAGUGGACAUGACACUGCGGCGGAAUGGGCUGGGGCAGCUGGGCUUCCACGUGAAGUACGACGGCACCGUGGCCGAGGUGGAGGACUACGGCUUUGCCUGGCAGGCUGGCCUCCGACAGGGUAGCCGCCUGGUGGAGAUUUGCAAAGUGGCCGUGGUCACGCUGACGCAUGACCAAAUGAUCGACCUGCUGCGCACAUCUGUCACCGUCAAGGUGGUCAUCAUCCCGCCCUUUGACGACGGCACACCCCGCAGGGGCUGGCCAGAGACUUACGACAUGAAUACCUCGGAGCCCAGGACUGAGCCGGAGAGCUUGACUCUGGGGGGCCGGCCCCCCUACCGCAGCAACGCUCCCUGGCAGUGGAGCGGGCCCGCAUCCCACAACUCUCUACCAGCCUCCAAGUGGACCACUCCCGUCACCCCCGGCCAUGCCCAAUCCCUGAACCGGCCCCCGAAGCAGAACCCCAUGGUCCCCUUCCGGGAGUCCCAGUCCCUGCACAGCAAGAGGCCUGUCAGCUUCCCAGAAACCCCUUACACAGCAUCACCAGCAGGGGGCGACAAAGUCCCUCCCUACCGGCAGCCUUCUGGGAGCUUCUCCACCCCCGGCUCAGCUACCUACGCCAGAUACAAGCCAUCCCCAGAAAGGUAUGCAGCCGCCCCCCACCCACUGCUGUCCUUUGACCCCCAUUUUGGCCUCGAUGGAACGUCCAGCGGCGAGUCCUCCUCAGGUGGUCUGACCAGCCAGGAGAGUACCAUGGAGCGCCCAAAGCCAGAGCCUUUGUGGCAUGUGCCCGCCCAGGCCCGGCUCACAGCCAUGACUGGAAGCAGUGGGAGCAAGCACGCCUCCCGGCAGGACCCAGCAGGCAAAGAUUCUCCCAACAGACAUUCCAAAGGAGAGCCCCAGUACUCGAGUCAUUCCAGCAGCAACACCCUGUCCAGCAAUGCAUCCAGCAGCCACAGUGAUGACCGCUGGUUCGACCCCCUGGACCCUCUGGAGCCUGAGCAGGAUCCCCUCUCCAAGGGUGGCUCUAGCGACAGUGGCAUCGACACCUCCCUCUACACUUCCAGCCCCAGCUGCGUGUCCCUGGCCAAGGUGCCUCGGCCCACCAAACCCCACAAGCCUCCUGGAAAUCUGGGUCUCUGUGGGGGCGGACGUGAGGCCAUGGGGCGGCCCCAUCACACAGACCGGCGGCGAGAGGUCUCCCCGGCCCCUGCAGUCGCCACUCAGAGCAAAGGCCACCGAACCAAGCUGUACUCGUCAGGCACCAGCACGCCCACUGGCCUGGCAGGGGGCAGCCGUGACCCACCAAGGCAACCCAGUGAUAUGAGCUCAAGGGCCGCCUACCCUGCUCAGGUUUACAAGACAACCAACUCAGAGACCCCGCGGCCCUCUCAGCUGACCCAGCCGGGCCCCUUCCCGCUCUCUGCCUCUGUGCCCAAGUCCUUCUUCUCCAAGCAGCCCGUGCGCAAUAAGCACCCGACGGGGUGGAAGAGAACGGACGAGCCCCCGCCACGGCCGCUCCCCUUCACAGACCCAACACUUCCCUUCACGGACCCAAAGAAGCAGGUGGACACCAGCACCAAGAAUGUCUUCGGGCAGCCACGGUUGAGGGCAUCACUCCGAGACCUGCGCUCCCCAAGGAAGAACUACAAGUCCACCAUUGAGGACGACCUGAAGAAGCUCAUCAUCAUGGACAACCUGGCGCCCGAGCAGGAGCGAGAGUCGCCGCAGAAGGGCCUGCAGCGGACACUGUCAGAUGAGAGCUUGUGCAGCGGGCGCCGUGAGCCCAGCUUCGCCAUCGGCCCCGAGCCCGGCCUGCCCAGCGACGUGCUCUUCAGCAGCACCUGCGCCUUCCCCGCCAGCACACUGCCCGCGCGCCGCCAGCACCCUCACACGCCUGGGGGCCCCACCACCAGCCCUGCUACUGGCAAUGGCUUCCCAGAAAAGAAAUCCACCAUCUCUGCCUCAGAGCUCUCGCUGGCCGACAGUCGGGACCGGCCGCUGCGGCGCCUGGACCCUGGGAUGAUGCCACUACCAGACACAGCCGCUGGCCUCGAGUGGUCCAGCCUGGUGAAUGCGGCUAAGGCAUACGAAGUGCAAAGGGCUGUCUCACUCUUCUCUCUCAAUGACCCCGCUCUGAGUCCCGACAUCCCACCAGCACACAGCCCCGUCCACAGCCACCUGAGCCUGGAGAGGGCCCCCCCAACGCCCAGGACCACCCCUACCAUGAGUGAGGAGCCCCCGCUGGACCUGACAGGCAAAGUGUACCAGCUGGAAGUGAUGCUGAAGCAGCUGCACACAGACCUCCAGAAGGAGAAACAGGACAAGGCAGUGCUGCAGUCAGAGGUGGCCAGUCUGAGGCAGAACAAUCAGCGGCUACAGGAGGAGUCACAGGCUGCCAGUGAGCAGCUGCGCAAGUUUGCUGAGAUCUUCUGCCGGGACAAGAAGGAGCUGUGAGCCCUCUGUGCCCCCCACUGCCCACAGGGGCCUCCCCAGGCAGGUGUGACCAAGGAUCCAGCCAGACCCGCCACAGCUCUUCCGCCUCCGUGGCCUCACAAGCCUGGAACCCAGGGUCAGGGCCUCAGCCUCUCCUCUAGGGCCCAGCCCACAGGGGUGGCAGGAAGGGCCAGAGGAACCGCCAGCCCCACAGCCCAAAGGGGCCCCAGUGUGGACUCUCGUCCUAGUUCCCUGCAUGAAAAACCAUUGUGACCCCCCAAGCCCCACAAGAGGUGAAGGCCACAGCCCAGACCUUUGCCCCCCCACCCCCAGGAGCACUUUCUCGACUUUCCACGUUCCCCUGGCCUUCCAGGAGGGCCAGAGCACCCCAGCAACGGAGGCCACUUUGGGGGAGACUGUUUGCACACUAGAGACCGUCAUGGUCUUUCCCACCCAAGGCCAUGAGGCCAUGAGCCUGCACCCCCCACCCUGCAGCCGAGGCCUGGCCCCUCCGUACCGCAGCCUGUCCACAGCUGCCUCCAUCCGCUUUUGUCUUUUCCUUUGCAAGUUUCUCGGCCCAUCUUGGCAGGCCCCCUCCCCAUGCUCCUUGGGGGGCACUUGGCCGUGGACCCCUCUGGAGACACCGGUUCUCUAAAGGCAAUAAGGGGCCCCUUGCAGGCAGCCGAGCCCGCGUGGUGCCACGCUGUUCACCCAGGAAACAGAGUUUCUUUUUUUCCUUUAAAAACAAACAAGAAAUAUAUAUAUAUAUUUAUUUUUUCAUGUAGAGUUGCGCCAGAACAAGUCUGUACGGCCACAGUCUGUGGAUCCCCGCAACCUCCUCCAGCUGCGGGUCGAGGCCUGUCCUGGGACCCGGACAGGGCGGUCUGGCAGGGGCUGGCGCAGGCCUGGCCCAGAGCAGCUGGCCUGGGGCCGGGAACAGGGCCUGUGGCGCUGCCCUUGGCCAGAGACCCUAUCGCCUUCUCUUGGGGACCAAAAACCUCAGGGAAGGGGCUGCAGGGACUGCACAGGACGCAGGCCCCCUAGCCUGGGGGCGGCACAACCCCCCUCCCUGCUGGCAGAGCAGCCCCCACUUCUGCCACCUCCCUCAGGGGGGCCUGCCUGGCCCUCAGCCCUGGCCAACUACUGUGACGUCGCCCCCUCUGCCCACCCCUUGUCCAGAGGGUUCUCCGGGACCACCCCACCCCUUUUUGAGUUGUCUCCUCAUAUCCUCAGAUCAUUCUAAUCAUUUCGGGGACCUAAUCAUGUACAUUGACAAGUGUAAAUUAUGGUUUUUGGUUUUGUUUUGUUAUUUUUAAGGAUCUCUGCAAAAACAAAUCUAUUUAAUUUGAGGUUGGUGUUUUACCUGAUACUGAAGAUACUGGGGUAUUUGUUUGGCUUUUGGCUUUUUGUUUUAUUUUUUUCAGAUGUUGAUUUGUUUCCUUUGAAUUUUUUUUUAUUCCUUGUCAUUUUCUUUUGUUUUUUCCUAUCCCUGUCUUGAAAUUUUCUGGCAUGUUUCUGGAGAUUUCAAAGGAAAUAAAAUGUUUCAUAGAAAAGG